UAUUUAAAGAACCGGAAGUGAGGCGGCGCUGCUGUCUAGCUGUCGAGUCACCUCUGAGGGGACGCAGGCGAACAAGCCGCUAGAAUGCUGCAGAAGCCAGGAACACUUAAGACACAUUUUUUUCAUCGUUUUUCAUCCAUACUGACCGCUUCCAAAUAGGGUUUUUUGGUCCACGAUGAUGGAAGAAAUGGACAGGUUCCAGGUUCCUCACGUCAACGGAGAGACGCAACCUUUGGAUCCAGCAGCUUCCUCAAACUCGGAAACCGACCCUGAUGCCAAAGCAGAAACGGUGGCCAUAAACUACAAGCCAUCACCACUGCAAGUCCAGAUAGAGAAACAGAGAGAUCUUGCCAGGAAGGGCUCAGUGAAGAAUGGCAACGUGGGUAGUCCUGUCAAUCAACAACCUAAGAAGAACGCUAGGACAAGGUUGGUGGUGCCAAAUAAAGGCUACUCCUCUCUCGACCAGAGCCCAGACGAGAAGCCCCUCGUAGCACUGGACACCGACAGUGAUGAUGACUUCGACAUGUCCAGGUACUCGUCAUCAGGAUACUCCUCAGCCGAGGUGAGAUGUCUGAGGGACCAGCAAAUCAACCAGGACCUCAACAUCCAGCUCCUGAAGGACGGCUACCGCCUGGACGAGAUCCCCGACGACGAAGACCUGGAUCUGAUCCCCCCCAAAGCCGUCAACCCCACCUGCAUGUGCUGCCAAGCUGCUCCCUCCACAGCGUGUCACAUCCAGUAGCGUCCUCUUCCUCUUCACAAACAUCGUAUAGAAAAUCUUCUUUCUGGAACCUUUUCAGUUGAGUGACUGCAAAGAGAAGUGGGAAAACUGUUGAGGUGGAAGAACUGCAUUGUCAGGUAGGGAACACCUUUGGAAGAACCAGUGGAUGUUGUGCACCUUCCUCCUAUGGUUGGACCUGUGUACCUGACAUCUCAAGUGAUGGUACAAACAUAAGCCUGAAGUGUUUGUUUUUGUCCCUAUCAUUAUAUUACUUUUUUUAUUAUUAUGAAGAACAAAUAAGUAAGGGCAUGGGAUAGCAGAGCAGAUACGGUGAAAAAGGAAUAAUAUUUCAUAGGCUUCUGGUUGAUUGAUUGGGAAGUGUGCUGGUUCUCUUAGCUUUGUCUUCCUGUGUACAUAUGUCUGACAUGAACAUGAUGUUUAUGUGCUAUACCCAGAGAAGUAGGGCUGAGUCAUCAAGCUACCGAUAGAACACUAAUGCAGGGGUGUCCAAACUACGGGCCAAGUUGGGCUUGCUAGAUGUUACGAGUUUCCAAAUUAUUUUUUAACAUCUGGCACUGUCAUUUCUACUAAUUCAGCCCCCAUCUUGUGGACAACUUGAGUAAAUCAGGUCAAUGACCAUGAACUAAGCUUUGAAUUGAAUACAGCACGGCAUAUACUUGUAUGACCCAUGCCAAACAACCUUCCCUGGUCAUGGCACAAACCAAAAAAAUAACAAAUGAACUAAUACACAAAGUCAACACACAUGGUCACACGUAACACAACUUGAUCACUGACCAUGAAUUAAGCUUUGAAUUAAAUACAGCACGGCAUUUUUUUCUAUGGCCCAUGCCAAACAACCUUCCCUGGUCAUGACACAAACCACAAAAAAUUAAAAAUUAACUAAUACACAAAGUCAAUACACAUGGUCACACAUAACACAACCUGCUCGCUGACCAUGUAUUAAGCAUUAAAUUAAAUACAGCAUGGCAUUUACUUAUAUGACCCAUGCCAAACAACCUUCCAUGGUCAUGGCACAAACCAAAAAAAUAACAAAUUAACUAAUACACAAAGUCAACACACAUGGUCACACGUAACACAACCUGCUCACUGACCAUGAAUUAAGCUUUGAAUUAAAUACAGCAUGGCAUUUACUCAUAUGGCCCAUGCCAAACAACCUUCUAUGGUCAUGGCACAAACCAAAAAAAUAAAAAAUUAACUAACACACAAAGUCAACACACAUGGUCACACAUAACACAACCUGCCCACUGACCAUGAAUUAAGCUUUGAAUUAAAUACAGCAUGGCAUAUACUCAUAUGACCCAUGCCAAACAACCGUCUAUGGUUCUGGCACAAACCAAAAAAAUAAAAAAUUAACUAACACACAAAGUCAACACACAUGGUCACACAUAGCACAACCUGCUCACUGACCAUGUAUUAAGCUUUAAAUUAAAUACAGCAUGACAUUUACUCAUAUGACCCAUGCCAAACAACCUUCUCUGGUCAUGGCGCAAAAAAAAAAAAAAAAGAACUAUCACACAAAGUCAACACACACGGUCACACAUGACACAACCUGGUCACUGACCAUGAAUUAAGCUUUGAAUUAAAUACAGCACGGCAUUUUUUUCUAUGGCCCAUGCCAAACAACCUUCCCUGGUCAUGACACAAACCACAAAAAAUUAAAAAUUAACUAAUACACAAAGUCAAUACACAUGGUCACACAUAACACAACCUGCUCACUGACCAUGUAUUAAGCUUUAAAUUAAAUACAGCAUGGCAUUUACUUAUAUGACCCAUGCCAAACAACCUUCCCUGGUCAUGGCGCAAA